AAGCUCCCUUUGCCUGGCGCGAGGGAGACACGCAGCCCUCCGGCGUUUCCUCCGAGGGAAAGGGUGAUUGAGCUGAAUCAAGUCACAGAAGGGUCUAAUGAGAGCCAGAGCUUCUCAAGGAAAAAGAAUGGAAGCAGGAUCUUCUCCAUUUGAUAUCAGCAAGCCUCCAGAGUGUGUCACAGUGCUUCAGACCAAAAGGAGACCCUUUCAAAGAACACAGCCUUUAAUCUGGAGGCAAACACGUGCCCUGUUUGAAGCCCUCAUCUCUUUUACAAUGACUGGUGUUGCUGCUUGCAGACAUCCUCCGCGCUGCUGAGAAACCCCUCGGAAAGCACAACACUUCAGAAGGGUCCUGAGGAAGGAUAUGACAAAGUUCUGCAAGAUGUGACAUCUGGUGGAUGGCCUGCUCCCAGUGACCCAGGGCCCCUGUCAGGAUCCCUGGCUGCCUGUGUAUCAUGGAGCUUGCUGCUUAACAACAGAAAUAAAGCACUUGUCAGGCAGAAGCAAUUGUGUCAGUGCAAAAUGGAAUUCGCAAGACUAAAGUUUACACGAGGGAAACAUCUUGUUAGCAUCUGUCAGGACGAAUGCCAUUUUGCCUCAAGAAAAUGCUGAUCCUGGCAGAGUCCGGGCACUGCGCACUGAGAGCUCACAGGAAAAAGGAAAGUCAAGUGGAGUUACCACACUCUGUGGUGUGAAGAAGCAACAUGAUGCUCAGGAACAAUGAGCGGCCUUAAAGGAACUGGAAAGGAACUGCUUUUAGCAGGAAGGGGAACUGUUAAUUGAUACAGCAGAGAGGCUGUGAAGGCGACUGACACAUGGAUAUUAUGGUUUUUUGACCAACCACCAACACCUGUGAAAGCAGAACACAAAGAAGAAUGCUGCUGUCUGUGUAACAGUAUGCUGUCCAUGGUCACAUUUAGGUCGUCUUGUGGAAUCUUACAAAGAAACAAGGGUAAUAGUAAGAAAAUGAUGUUUAAUAGAAGUAUCUUCGCUACACAGUCAGAUUGAAACAGGAAAAGUUCUUUGGAGCCACGUGGUUAUGAUAUCAUUGAGAUUCCAUAAUGCCUCCUGCUGUGACAGACAGUCUUGACAUCUGGGCAGUGGAUUCACAGAUUGGUGCUGAUGGCUCAAUAUCUGUGGACUUCCUGUUGCCCACUGGAAUCUACAUCAACCUGGAUGUCCCUCGAGAUGCCACCAUAUCUCAUAUUAAACAGCUGUUAUGGAAGCAGGCACAUGCCUAUCCACUCUUCCACCUCCUCAUGGAGAUUGACUCUUACAUGUUCUCAUGUGUGAAUCAGACUGCUGUACAUGAAGAAUUAGAGGAUGAAACCCGGAGACUUUGUGAUGUUAGACCCUUUCUUCCUGUCCUUAAACUCGUGACAAGGAAUUGUGAUCCAGGAGAAAAGUUGGAUUCCAAAAUAGGUGUCCUCAUAGGCAAAGGUCUCCAUGAGUUCGAUGCCUUACAAGAUCCUGAAGUGAACGACUUCCGAGCUAAAAUGCGGAGGAUCAGUGAGGAAAAGAUUCAGUCCCUUGUGGGUCUCUCCUGGAUGGACUGGUUAAAACACACUUACCCACCAGAGCAGGAACCUGUUAUCCCAGAGAGCUUCCAAGAUAAGCUCUACAGUGGAAAUCUUGUAGUGGCUGUUCAUUUUGAUAAUUGCCAGGAUGUAUUUAGUUUCCAGGUGUCUCCUAACAUGAAUCCCAUCAAGCUGAAUGAGCUGGCAAUCCGAAAACGUCUGACUAUCCAUGGAAAAGAAGAUGAGGAAGUUGAUCCUGCUGACUAUGUGCUGCAAGUUAGUGGAAGGCUAGAAUAUGUCUUUGGUGAUCACCCGUUAAUUCAGUUCCAGUACAUCCGCAACUGUGUGAUGAACAGGACUCUCCCCCAGCUGACUCUGGUUGAGUGUUGCACCAUCAAGAAGAUGUGUGAGCAAGAGAUGAUUGCCAUAGAAGCUGCCAUAAACCGAAAAUCAUCCAACCUUCCUCUUCCUCUGCCACCAAAAAAAACAAGAGCAACAACUAGUGUAUGGGAUAUUUCCAACCCUUUCAAGAUUAUUCUGUUAAAGGGUAAUAAACUAAAUACAGAAGAAAAUGCCAAAGUUCAUGUUAGGGCUGGUCUUUUCCAUGGUACAGAGCUCCUUUGUAAAACUACUGUAAGCACAGAAAUAUCUGGGAGAAGUGACCACAUUUGGAAUGAAGAGCUGGAGUUUGAAAUCAAUGUAUGUGAUCUGCCAAGGAUGGCAAGGCUCUGCUUUGCAGUUUAUGCUGUGAUGGAUAAGAUGAAAACUAAAAAGUCCACUAAGGCAAUGAAUCCUUCCAAAUACCAAACAAUUAGGAAAGCAGGAAAAGUGCAUUAUCCUGUAGCCUGGGUAAAUACCAUGGUGUUUGAUUAUAAAGGACACUUGAAGAAUGGAGAACUGGUACUGCACAGCUGGUCAUCAUUUCCUGAUGAACUUGAAGAAAUGUUGAAUCCCAUGGGAACCGUCCAGACUAACCCGUACACUGAAAAUGCAACAGCUUUGCACAUUAGAUUUCAGGAAUAUUCCAAACAGCCUAUUAAUUACCCUCCCUUUGAUAAGAUACUUGAAAAGGCAGCUGAGAUUGCAAGAAACAGUGACAAUGCUGCAAUGGCGGGUCGAGGUGGUAAGAAGUUUUAUGUUGUGCUAAAAGAAAUAAUGGAAAGAGAUCCUUUAUCUCAGCUUUGUGAAAAUGAAAUGGAUCUCAUUUGGACUUUGCGAUAUGACUGUCGUGAAAAUUUCCCACAAUCAUUGCCCAAACUGCUGCUCUCUUUAAAAUGGAACAAACUUGAAGAUGUUGCUCAGCUUCAGGCUCUCCUUCAGAUCUGGCCCAAGCUGCUGCCCAGAGAAGCUUUGGAGCUGCUGGAUUUCAAUUACCCAGAUCAGUAUGUCAGGGAAUAUGCAGUGGGUUGUUUAAAGCAGAUGAGUGAUGAAGAGCUCUCUCAGUAUCUUCUCCAACUUGUGCAAGUCCUGAAGUAUGAGCCCUUUCUGGACUGUGCACUCUCCAGGUUUCUCUUGGAAAGAGCACUCGCCAAUAGGCGAAUAGGACAGAUGUUGUUCUGGCACCUAAGGUCAGAGGUUCAUAUCCCUGCUGUCUCAGUGCAGUUUGGUUUGAUUCUGGAAGCUUACUGCAGAGGAAGUGUUGCUCACAUGAAAGUGCUUGCUAAACAGGUGGAAGCCCUUAAUAAAAUGAAGACUUUAAAUAGUCUAAUUAAGCUGAAUGCCAUGAAGCAAAGCAAAGCAAAAGGAAAAGAUGCCAUGCAUACGUGUUUGAAACAAAAUGCUUACAGAGAAGCACUUUCUGAUCUUCAGUCUCCUCUGAAUCCUUCUGUUAUACUUUCAGAACUGCAUGUUGAGAAGUGUAGAUACAUGGAUUCUAAAAUGAAGCCUCUAUGGAUAGUAUACAACAACAAAAUGUUUGGAGGAGAUCUUGUAGGGAUCAUCUUUAAAAAUGGUGAUGAUCUCCGACAGGACAUGUUGACGCUCCAGAUCUUGCGUUUGAUGGACAUCCUUUGGAAAGAAGCUGGUCUGGAUCUCCGGAUAUUGCCCUAUGGCUGUUUGGCUACUGGAGAUCACUCUGGCCUUAUUGAGGCUGUUUCUAGUUCAGAAACCAUUGCUGACAUUCAGUUAAAUAGCAGCAACGUGGCUGCAGCUGCUGCCUUCAACAAGGACGCACUCCUGAACUGGCUGAAGGAAUACAAUUUAGGAGAUGACUUGGAUCGAGCCAUUGAAGAAUUUACUCUGUCUUGUGCUGGCUACUGUGUAGCUACUUAUGUGUUGGGAAUUGGUGACAGACACAGUGACAACAUCAUGGUCAGAAAAAAUGGGCAGCUCUUUCACAUAGAUUUUGGGCAUAUUCUUGGAAACUUUAAGUCCAAGUUUGGAAUUAAAAGGGAACGGGUACCUUUCAUACUCACCUACGAUUUCAUUCAUGUUAUUCAACAAGGAAAAACAGGGAACACUGAAAAAUUUGGUCGGUUCCGGCAGUAUUGUGAAGAAGCCUACUUGAUCCUGCGGAAACACGGGAACCUAUUUAUUACCCUCUUUGCACUGAUGUUGACUGCAGGGCUUCCAGAGCUGACCUCUGUCAAGGACAUCCAGUAUCUCAAGGACUCUCUCGCCUUAGGGAAGAGUGAGGAAGAAGCACUAAAACAAUUUAAGCAAAAGUUUGAUGAAGCACUCCGGGAAAGUUGGACUACUAAAGUGAACUGGAUGGCUCACACUGUUAGAAAAGAUUACAGAUCCUAGAAGACUUCUGUGCUUGCACUAAGCUGAAGGUUAGCUUGAUAAGUGUUUUUAGAGGGUAUCUGUCCUAUGGACCAACAAAAUUUCAAGAAGCGUUUGGAUAACGCUCUCAGGCUCACAAACAACAAAAAGAAAUGGACUGAAAGAAUUCCUGGGUCUUUUGCACUCUGCUUCUGAAUGCUUGAUUCCAAGACUGUCUCUAGAAACAGCGAACAUCCUGGAUAAUCAGUUCCUGCUGACUUUGCACGCUGAGAGCUACUAGGCAUUUUUAAAAAUUCUUUGGUACUUUAUGGAGGUGUAAAUAUUUGUUUUUAUACGUUAGAGUAAUGUACUCUAACAUACUCGGGAGGGUUGAAGACCUCUGACAGAACUGUUCUUUGUUUAAAGUUGGGACUUGAAGAGUAAAUUUUUUUUUAUAUCCUAAUCUGGCUAAAAAUGACCAUAUUGUAUAUAUAUUUUUCAUAAGACCUCUGCCCUACUGGCACAGAUGCAUUAAUUCUACUGUAAAUAGCAACCACGGUAUCACUGUACUGCAGGGAGCUGCCCCACGUCUCGUGCUGCUGCUGAAGGAAGGGUAGAUGUCUGUAGGGUGGGGGGAGGACAGGGAACAGGGACAUCUUUGGGAAUGAUGCAGCAUCCAAAUGUUCAGGGUUGUGCAAUUUUGUUCCUCUGACAUAACACACACAAAAGAAGCCCUUCAGAGUCAGGAAGGUUAAGCCAAUUCCAAACGUGCCUGAGAAUCCCCUGUGGUAAUGGUCUCCCACUCAGCCCCUGGGGCUUUGCCCUCAACACCUUGAGAGGCACAUUUGGUUCAGGUUCAGCAAGAAGCUUCUUACAGCCUUACACUGAAAUUUGUAUCUCAGAUUAGUUGUUCCCUGCAAAAUGUACUGACUUAUCUAAGGGACAUUUUCAUUAAAUAUACUACACAAAGUGAUUUUUAGGGCCUACAUACCAAAAACCCCAGAACACCAAUGCGAAGUCACUGAUCUUUUCUCACUGUAUUUAUUAAAAGCUUGCAGUAAUGUUGCUUUAUGUUGAAGAUGGUUGCUGAAGAAACUGGAUUUGUUUUAAUUUAUUUAGUGAGAUACCAGGCUUUAGGUGCUUAAAUGGAGAGCAAAUUUGUUAUGUGCAAUAGGGAACUGCUAGUUCAAAGAUGUGACAUACUAUUUCCAAACAUCAGCAAGAGAAAUUUUAACUACUGCUUGUUCUCCAAGGGACACUGGUAGCUCUUGAUUCUUGUUGACAUUUGAAAGAGAAUUAAACAUAUAUAUUUACCUUUUGACUAAACAGUUGUUCUGCAUAGAAAUGUUGAUUUAUGUAGGAAUUUAGGUAAAGGUGCUUUUACUUUGUUGAGAGUGAUUUAUUUUUGUUGGUUUGAGGUUUCCUUGUUUCUUUUAGAGGUCAAGAACCUAACUGGAGCCAAGGUGGCGGUCUCUAUAGGGCUUUGAUUCUCUUGUCCCUCGCCCUUUGGGCUUAUCUAUCUGAAAAUCUUCUGCUUCUAGAAUAUUGUAAAAGUAACAAGUGGUUUGUGGUUUGGUUUUGUUGGGUUUGAUUUUUUUUUUUAAUACAAUAUAGUAGCAUUAAAAGUGCCAUUUCCCCUGGUUUUUUUUUUUAAUAUAAAUAUAUAUUCUACAGCAGAUGGCAGGAAGGCUAAAAAGAAACUACAUUGCAGGUGAUAACUGAAAAAAGUAAUUUCAUCCUCGGCUAAUUCCCAGCAUGUAAAUUUGCAUAAGUAACUGUUCUGGGACACAUUGUAUUUUUCUGUGAAACAGAGUACUCAGACAUCUCUGCUGUGUUGUCUUGUUGAGGGAGACAUAACCUUUCCCAGAAGUUUGAGAUGAAGUUGGCAAGUUCACCUUGGCUGCUUGGGGCUGGUGUGUGUGGUAUCUGAGAGGAGGGAGCAUGAUGGCAUCCUUAUAUCCAUAGCUGGAAAGGCAAGUCAGUUCUGUAUUCCAGCCCAGCCUUCUUGUGGGACUUGGAACAAGUCAUUCAAGUCUGUGCCUCAGACUCACUCCUAUUGGCAAAACUGGAGGUAGGAGCCUUGACCUCCAGGUGCAAGGAACACCUUCCCUCAAGUACCACCAGGAUAUUGCACAGAAUAAAGUUAUUUUGUGUUGUGAGGUUUUUUUGGAUGUGAUUUUUGACACAGGUUAUAAAAGUACUUGAGAUAAGCAAUAGGAUUUCCUCACCAUCUUCCUUGAGGAAGGUAUUUAGAGAUUAUUAAGAAAUACUACUUCUGCUCAGUAUUUGUGUUGGUUAAUAGCCCUUGAACGGGCUGUGUUGUGUUUGGUUGUCUUUGCCUUUGCUACGCUUACUCUUGGCAAUGAAUUAGUAAGAAUGGGGAGAAGAAGUUUGAGGCCUGUUAAAUGGUCUGGUUUUGUGUUUGGCAGCAAAGACAAUGCAUUUUCCUCAUGUGAAUUGAUCUUGGUCUUCAAAUAGCUGAGAAGAUAGCACAUCUCAGAGGAAAGCCUUCCAGGCUGACAUCUCAGGGGUGAACCUGACAGGAAGCAGAGUUUAUAGGGUCACCGAGGUUAAUUUUGUGAUAUAAGCUCUGAGUGGAGUACUGGUUUGCUGAAUUGUAUUAGCAAAUAGAUCAUCACUUUCCCUGGAUUUCAUCAUAUUUGCUACAGCCUGUGGUAUACAGACUUUGAUUCAGAAAACGAACAAAUAAAUAAAUAACUGCUUUGUGAAAAGUUGGAAGAGACAGUCUGUCCUUCGCAUUUUGUCAUCCAAGAGGAAAAGACUGGAAUUUUGGCACAUCAAUCUAUUGCUUAGUUUUGUACUUACCUCCAGCUGCAGUAUUGAAGUGGUAAGUUCGUUUGGGCUGAGUUGGGAUCGUAUUAUUUUAGACCAUUUACAGAAUUCAGAAGGCAUCAAAUGGUCAGAUUAUAAUAUGAGAGGUUAAAGAUGUUCGUAACAGUAAGGAGGAACAUCACCUUUUUAAAUGUGGAAGCUUUGGAAAGGAUAUAGCUUCGUGCAGCUGUAGAAAAGAAACAUAAGGUACAACUUUGAUAUCAAACAUCUUCAGUUCAGAUGGUCUCAUGUUAUGGUAAUUACUUUUCUCCAGAUCUACUUCUAGUCUGCUCUGUACAUGUCAACUGAAAAAAUUACUUUUCUUUCUCAAGGCCUUCAUUGUAUCUGGCAGAGGAGAAAGCUACCUAGGCUGCUUUAAAAACCGAAACUGAAAUUGGGUAUAUGCAGUGUAUAUAUUGUAUUAAUUUAUUCUGGUUUUCUUUUGAUUGUAUGGGUACUUUAUGGGUUUACUUUCUUUACCUUGAAUCUUUUGAUUUGUGAACAAAUGGUGACAACUGCUGCUUUUAUACUCCUGCUUGUCCUGUGUUGGAUUUCCAGGGAAAGAGCUCCCAUGGAUUUGCCCCUCACCAGUGGAGUUGCUUCCUUUCCCUUUUAUGCUUGUAUCAGUUGUGUUGGCAGGGGUCUGUUGAUUGUCAAGUCACUCACAUUCUAGUGAAUGCCUUUGAUGGAGCCCAUUUGUGUAUUUAAUAUAAUAGAGUCCAAUAUUCUUCUUAAAUUUCCUCAAACUAUUGGAAUCAGAUAAUUAAGGAGUACAGGCUCUUAAUAACUGAUAUGUCAGGGUAUGAUCAUAGCUUUAUUAUUUAGGAAUGAUUUCAAACCUAAAUCUUUUAAAUGUGUAAUCAGUAUUUCUAUUCUAAUUCUUUCACAAUAUAUUGUAUUAAUAUAAUUAUGUGUCUUGAGCCGACUUUAAAAUCUAAAACUGAAAGCCUGUGCUCCCAUAACGUGUUCCAGUUUUUGGCAAGUUUUCUUGAAAUAAUUUUAAAAAUUACUUGUCUGGCAUAAGAGCUGAGGGGGUGGAGCUGUCCUGAUGGAUGAGUGUCAGUGGGUGCUGCCAUAGAGGUGCCAGAGCUCCCUGGCUCUGGGAUUUCACCAUUUGCAGGGGCCUGUGGGGUUUUUGGAGACAAGUGUGCCUCGUUGUGCUGUGGCUGGGGAGAUCAAAGUCAGGCUAAGCUCAAGGUAGUGGCUUUAUUGCCUGACCUCAAUACCACACACAUAAACCUGUGUGUGACAGGAACAAACAUGGUCUCACAGUACCAGGCAGAUCUCUGAAGCCCAGGAAAAGUGCAGUCAUUUAACAGCUACUGAGAAAACAAGUACCAUAAUAGCUUGUGCUACCUCAGUGCAUAAUAGAAAUGUUGUAGUUGUUCUUCCCAAGCUUGACUUCAUGACUGAUAGGGGAGAAGAGUGGUGCUUCUGCAGUGCUGAUCAGGGAAAUGAUUUACCAUGUUACCAGCUGUCCUUCAAACAGGACAGGAAAACAGCAUUAACUGGGGGGGAAGUGAGGAGAAGAGAAAGUUGCUCCCUAAAAUGAGCUGGGUUUGCACAUUGCUAUUACUUAGAUGCCUUUGCAGACUAAUAGCCCCUAUGAGGAGCUUUGCUGUGUGUCCUCCAGCAAGUCACAAAGGAAGUCCCAUCAGGCAGAUGCUGAUAGAACUUUGCUUGUUCUAUCCCCUCUGGUACACUUAGCUAAAAGCUCAACUAUGUCAGCUAUUGGAACUGGUUUCACUGUAGUGGACUGUCAGAUUUAAAGUAAUGCUGCUGUGAUGAGCUAGUCCUUCAUCCUUUCAGUCUGUCACCUUGCUCUUCCUCAGGUGACUAUCUGGAGACGUUUCCUCUGGAUUGCUUGAUGAAGAGGGAUGAGGAUGAACAGAUAUUUCUAAAGUACUGGAGUGGCUUAUUCUUGGGAAAGCUGUGAAGGAUCACAGCUUAAGAAUAGCAGUCACAGGAAACGUAAAAGGUUAAUUCUGGUUUGCCAGGCAUUGCUUGGCUUUAUGAAGCAAAUGAGCGGAAGCUACAAUCAGGCACCAUGGAAACAUGGUUUCUGAGGGAUUAAGGCCCUUGUAGCACAGGGAUCUUCGUAAGAUCUAAUUUCUGGCUUUAGAAGUCUACUUUUGGACAGGAAGUCCGGGCACUUGCUAGAAGGACACAGAACCAGUGAAGUCUGGGCAGAAGGGUUCAUUCCUGGUAACAGUUCAUUCCUAUUUGUAAAUCCUGCCUAAGGUUUUCUCCUACCUAUGGUACCUAAUGGGCUUUGCCCUUGGGGCUUUGGACAGCUCAGUCUAGUUUCUGAAAUGGUCUCGGUCUCUUGCCUAAGGAGCAUUGAGUGUUUGACAUUCCAUAAAGGGAGCUAAGCAGUAUUGUUCAAGAUACUCUGGAGCACAGGAAUGUUGUAUAUGUGGCUCUGAAUUCCUCCUGUUGAAAUUGUUUUCUGAGGAGGUGGAAACAAAACACAAGAAUGGAUGACAUAGCUCAGUCAAAGUACUCCCUAGGGAUAGAAAAAAAAAAAUCAGGAUUCCAGUCCCCUUACCAAGCAUUCAUUGGAACAAAAAUGGAACAGCUCCAAAAAGGGAGCAGGAAGGACACAGAGAGUCCUUAGGAAAAGGAUUAAUGAAACAAGUCCAGACUUCCCAGCCUGUGUUCUAUCUGCUUGGCUAAAUAAAAGAACCCUUAAUAUCAACAGCUUUGGGACACUAAGUCUGUUUAGCCUGUUACCAACCAAAGAGUGAGGAAUUCAUCCUGCGUAUAGAGUUGGCCAGUUGCCAUGGGAGGAAAAGAUGUAUGCUGCUAAACUUGGGAUAACCUACUCCAGAGGCUACUUCCUCCUUUCACCUGUACUUAAGAAUUCCAAAAAGAUAAAUAGUCUUAUGUAUGCCUGGAUCUUAAUGCCACCCACCUCUACCAUUGUGUAUUGGCCUAUUUGGCUCCUAUUUGGAGCUGCACUACACAGUUUUAAGAACUGCUUAAAAACUACAGUUUUGGGUUUAAGAACCUGAAGAAAUCUUAAAUACUUUGAGAGUUGUGAUCCUUGUUGCUUCUUUUAAGGCAAGAUGCUGAAUCAUAAGAGAGGUGUUGAAAGCCUGUGAAAGGUCAGAAAUUCUAGCAGGGUGUUUGGAUGUGAUCUGCAAUCCUCGUGGCCUUUAGAAAGCCCCCUUCCCCCAUCAAGUGCAUACCCGAGCUAGUUAAUUUAAAAAUAAAACGUUUAAUAUUCCAGACCACAAACAAUACUGAAACAUACAAGGCAUUGCAAGUAAGAGUAAUGUACCCAGUGUUCUGCAUGCAAUAGUCACGUCCUUCUUUGCAGCUCAGUGGGAUAAUCUUGUUUCCUGGAGAGGACAAAGAAAACUGGAGAUUAUUUCUGAAACAAUUCCUUGUCCUUAGUAGCUGAGAAACUUUUAGCUUCCAGAUCUUUGCUUGCAGGGUGCAUGCUGGUUAAAUUACUGCAUGUGCAUCUGCUGUGUGUAGUAUGAGCUACAGUAUGGCUGGAAUUGCUGAUGCUGCACAGGCCAGAGACCCAGUGAGCCUGAGGGAUCCAA